UCAGUGUUUUAUCUGACCGUCCCCACUCACACGCUGAGGUGAAAUGAUCGCGGUAAAUUCAUUAAAUUGCCGUUUCUUCGUGUCAGUUCCCAGCAGGCAUCUCCCAGGCCGCCUCUCCAGAGCGAGGACCCCGCUCAGCCAUGUCGCCAGGCUCACGGUCUCCGCCGAGGAGCAGCCGUAUCGGUAAUAAGAAAAAGCGGAGAAACAGCGACAGCAGCAGCAGUAACAGUAAUAGCAGCAGCAGCAGCCCGGCCUCGUCCGACAGCUCGGACAGUGAUCGCAGGACAUCCCGAGAUUGCAGGUGGAAAGAGCGGAACCGGGCGGACAGUCCGGGAAGGGACACCUACCGGAGAGGGAACCGGGCGGACAUUCCGGGGAGGGACACUUACCGGAGAGGGAACCGGGCGGACAGUCCGGGGAGGGACACUUACCGGAGAGGGAACCGGUGUAACAGCCCUUACCGGGCACCGAGAGGGAACCGGUCUAAUAGCCGUGAUAGAGCACUGAGAGGGAACCGGUCUAACAGCCGUGAUAGAGCACUGAGAGGGAACCGGUCUAACAGCCGUGAUAGAGCACUGAGAGGGAACCGGUCUAAUAGUCGUGAUAGAGCACCGAGAGGGAACCGGUCUAAUAGCCGUGAUAGAGCACCAAGAGGGAACCGGUCUAAUAGCCGGGAGAACAGAGCACCGAGAGGAAACCGGUCUAAUAGCCGUGACAGAGCACCGAGACGGAACCGGUCUAAUAGCCGUGACAGAGCACCGAGACGAAACCGGUCUAAUAGCCGUGACAGAGCACCGAGACGGAACCGGUCUAAUAGCCGUGACAGAGCACCGAGACGGAACCGGUCUAAUAGCCGUGACAAAGAACCGAGACGGAACCGGUCAGACAGCCGUGACAGAGCACAGAGAGGGAACCGGUCUAAUAGCAGGGAGAACAGGGCACCGAGAGGGUACCGGUCGCCUAACAGGGAGAACAGGGCACCGAGAGGGUACCGGUCGCCUAACAGGGAGGACAGAGCACCGAGAGGGAACCAGUCGCCUAACAGGGAGGACAGAGCACCAAGAGGGAACCGUUCUAACAGCCGUGACAGAUCACCAAGAGGGAACUGGUCGCCUAACCGGGAGGACAGAGCAUCGAGAGGGAAUCGGUCUAAUAGCCGUGACAGAGCACCAAGAGGGAACCGGUCGCCUAACAGGGUGGAUAAACCACAGAGGGGACACCGGUCCGGUAGCAGUAAAAACAAGGCACCUAGGAGACACUGGGAGGACAAAGUACCUGGCAGGAGGCGUUCUGGUAGUAGGGAGAAAAAAGCCCCAAUAGGAUACCAGUCCGGUAGCCGGGAGGGGAAGGUACCAGACAGGAGACGGUCCUGUAGCAGUGAGGAGAAGGUAACGGACAGAAGCCGGUCCUGUAGCAGUGAGAAGGCCCCGAGAGGGUACCGGUCUGAUAGUAACGAAGAGAAGGCAAGGAGGACAUAUCGGUCCAGUAGCAGUGAGGAGAAGGUUCCGGGCAGGAGGCGGUCCUGUAGCAGUGAGGAGAAGGUUCCGGGCAGGAGGCGGUCCUGUAUCAGUGAGGAGAAGGUUCCGGGCAGGAGGCGGUCCUGUAGCAGUGAGGAGAAGGCCCCGAGAGGGUACCGGUCCGGUAGUAAUGAGGAGAAAGCAAGGAGGACAUAUAGGUCCAGUAGCCGGGAGGAGAAGGUACCGACACAGUACCGGUCUGGUAGCAGGGAAGGCAGAGUACCGAGCAGUGAGGAGAGGCGUCCGCCAAGCUCAGAGAGUGAUGGCAGUCCGGGGAGGAGGGAGCACCAGGCUCGUUCCAGUAGUCGGGAAAGCUCCGGGAGGAGACAGAGGAGAGGCCGCAGAUCCAGGUCAGAUUCUGAAGAAAGUCAGAAACGAAAGGCACGUAGCAGAGACCGAGAACAGAGAAGGAAAAAGGAGCACCGUUCUUCAUCUCCUUCCGAGGAUGAAGCCACCAAGAAAACGCAAAGAAAGAAGAGAGUAAAAAGGUCCAGGUCAAGGUGCUCUGUGUCAUCGGUCACAUCUCCAUCGCCAGCAAGGUCACAGGAGUCAUGUGUUAGCCUCCAGGAGCGUAUAAAGCAAAAAGAGGAUAAGAAAAAUAAAGAAGAGAUGAUGAAGGCUAUGGAAACCCCAGAGGAAAAGCGAGCCAGACGUUUGGCAAAGAAAGAAGCAAAGGAGAGGAAGAAAAGAGAGAAGAUGGGCUGGGGGGAAGAGUACAUGGGAUACACAAAUACAGACAACCCAUUUGGAGAUAAUAAUCUUUUGGGCACCUUCAUCUGGAACAAGGCGCUAGAGAAAAAGGGAAUUGGACACCUUACGGAAAAGGAUCUUAAGGAUAGGAAUAAAUCGAUCCAAGAAGACAAUCGCUUAGAGCUGCAGAAGGUCAAACAACUUCGUCUGGAGCGUGAGCGAGAGAAGGGCAUGCGAGAGCAGGAAUUGGAGAUGUUGCAGAGAGAAAAGGAGGCUGAACAUUUUAAGACUUGGGAAGAACAGGAAGAUACAUUUCAUCUACAACAAGCAAAACUGCGUUCCAAGAUCCGCAUCCGAGAUGGCCGCGCAAAACCCAUUGACCUUCUGGCAAAAUACAUCAGCGCAGAAGACGACGACUUGGCUGUGGAAAUGCAUGAACCUUACACUUUCUUGACUGGACUCACUGUGUCUGACCUGGAAGACUUGCUGGAAGAUAUUCAGAUCUACAUGGAAUUGGAGCAGGGGAAGAAUGUGGAUUUUUGGAGAGAUAUGACCAUCAUCACAGAGGAUGAAAUCUCCAAGUUACGCAAGCUGGAAACCUUCGGGAAGGGGCCAGGUGAAAGACGAGAAGGGGUAAAUGCCUCUGUCACCACCGAUGUACAGGCUGUAUUUAAAGGAAAGACAUACAACCAGCUUCAGGUGAUUUUUCAAGGAAUCGAAAGCAAGAUUAGAAAAGGAGGACCGAACCUGGAUAUUGGGUAUUGGGAGAGUCUCCUGCAGCAGCUUAGGGCUUACAUGGCCAGAGCUAGGCUUCGAGAGAGACACCAGGACGUCUUGCGUCAGAAACUCUUCAAACUGAAGCAAGAGCAGGGUGUGGAAAGCGAGCCUCUCUUCCCCAUUAUAAAACAGGAGCCUGAAUCUCCUAAUGACAGGCCAGACCAGGGAGAGUCUGCCUCAGAGCAACCUGUAUCAUCCUCUGCAGCCAAUGCCCCAGAGGAUUCUAGCAGUGCCCAAGAAGGUGAUGGCAAGGGUGAAGGUGGGGAGUCUGUACUCAUGGAAGAAGACCUAAUCCAGCAGAGCCUCAAUGAUUAUGAUGCUGGAAAAUACAGCCCCAAGCUGCUAAGUAACCAGGAGCUGCCUUUUGAUGCUCAUGUAGUAGACUUUGAAGAGGACCAACAAAGACUGGUGCUCUGCAGGCAACAACUACAAGUCACAGGCGAUGCCAGUGAGAGCCCUGAAGACAUCUUUAUCAGGAAAGCGAAAGAAGGUAUGGAUGGUGAUGAGGCCCAGUUCAGUGUGGAGAUCCCAGUCACAAGCAAAGCUUACCUAUGGGCGGACAAAUAUAGGCCUCGAAAACCUCGUUUCUUCAAUCGUGUCCAUACAGGCUUUGAGUGGAACAAAUACAACCAAACGCAUUAUGACUUUGACAACCCUCCCCCCAAAAUUGUCCAGGGUUACAAAUUCAACAUAUUUUAUCCAGACUUGAUUGACAAACGAUCUACUCCGGAAUAUUUCUUGGAGGCUUGCCAUGACAACAAGGACUUUGCUAUAUUACGUUUCCAUGCUGGGCCUCCUUAUGAAGACAUUGCUUUCAAGAUUGUCAAUCGCGAGUGGGAGUAUUCUCACCGACACGGCUUCCGUUGUCAGUUCUCUAAUGGUAUUUUCCAGCUGUGGUUCCACUUUAAGCGCUACAGAUACAGAAGAUGAGCCAUGACCUGAAAUUAGACCAUUUCUUUCCUGUUUUUGUAUAGCAACAAAAAUCAAAUUUGAAGACUUUUUAGAAAUUUCACCCAAGACCAUAAUAAAUGUUUUUGCCAAAUAUCCUGGGUGC